AUGGCGGACGUCGCGCUCGGGGAACCGACGCACGUCCCCGCGACGCCGCCGCCGGUGUUCGAGCUCGCGGACGUGUGGACGACGCGGGUGGACAAGCGCGCGUGCUCGCUCUUGCUCAAGGAGGCGUGCGCGGAGAUCCCUCUCCCCGACGCCCUCGCGCACGUCAAGCGCGUGCGCAAGGCGGACGACGGCGACGACCGCCUCCGCCUCGUCGUGUGCAUCGCGUCCUCCUCCUCCUCCUCCUCCUCCUUCGACGACGACCGAGACGUCCCGGACGCGGCGCGCGCGCUCGUGACGCGCCACGCGCUGCCCCCGCUCGAGCGCGAUACCGUCCCCGCGCACGCCCCGCGCACGAGAGAGCAGUGGGAGGCGUGGAACGCGCGCUGGCCCAUCUCGUGGAAGAAGCCGAUGUCGCAUCUCGCGGAGCCCGCGGAGUCGCCGUCCGCCGCCGACGCGGAGACCAUGCGUCGGUGGACGCGCGAGGCGAUCGACGACGCGCGCCGCGGGGGAGGCGGCGGGUGUGUCAUCGCGAACGCGGUGGUGAUCGUGGAUCCGGCGAGCGGCCGCGUCGUCGCGCGGGGGCGCGACGCGACCGGGGGGUGGCGUAUACGGCGGCGGGACGGCGAAGACGAAGACGAAGAAGACGCGCGACGGCAUCCGCUUCGACACGCCGUUCUCGACGCGAUCGACGCCGCGGCCAGCGCCGACCUCGCGCGCGACCCGCCCUCGUCCUCGCCUCUCCCGCCGCCGCCGCCGCCGCCGCCGGGCGACGACGACGAUUUCGGCGGCGUCGGAGAGAAGCGGCGGAGGGCGCCGACGGCGUCGCUCGCGGAGAUGACCGCCGAAAUCGGUCGGGGGUAUUUAUGCACCGGAUACGACGUCUACUGCGCGCGAGAGCCGUGCGUGAUGUGCGCGAUGGCGCUGACGCACUCGCGCGUUCGGAGGGUGAUAUACGCGAUCCCGAGCGCGAGGCACGGCGCGCUCGGCGGCGGCGCGUACUCGUUGCAAAAGGAGCGGACGUUGAAUCAUCACUACGACGUGUACACCUUCGGCGUCGACGCGUGA